AUUUCGAACCUCGACAUAUUAAGGUUAUUCCGUACGUCCCGUUCACGUCGUCCUUAAAAAACGCUUGAAAAACAUCGCGUUCAUAUGCCACAAACCUGUUCCAAAUGCCACUCGAAACAGCGUUUUAGAUUUGUCCGAUUAUUUUACGAAAGAUUUAAAGUAAAUCAGUGACAGAAUCUAACUCCCUUUAAAAAAGCAGUGUUACAAUAAGGCGGUAUUGUCGGUGUUCUUUUUUGUUGUUUUUGCUGUGAGAAUUUUGGAUAUUUCAAAGAAAGGAGUUUAUGGACGUCUAUAAAAUCAACCUGCCUAGCUCUCAGCCCGUACGACUCAUAGUAUGAUGUCACCCACCGCCGAUUCCUCACCUACGGUCAUUCUGAAUGGUACCGCUUCAUCGUCAACUGUCAGUACCGCGUCCGACGGUGCCCAGCCGCGGUUUGUAGUGACGUCAACGCCGAGCAACAGUAGUACCGGCAGUUCGGGCGAGCAGAAAAGUCAGUGUUCCAGCCUGUCAGACGGGGAGAAUUUUGAGUGGAACACCGGAGGAGAGGACUCCAACAGCACAGUGGAGGUGGUACUGGAAAGGGAGGGGCAGUGCCAGAGUAGUACCGGUCCCAACGAAGCGUCUAGGAGUCCGUCCGGUAUAAAUAGGAACAGCUGGUUGAGGACUAGCCUAAGGAAAAGCACUUCAAAUAAUCCAGACUCUUUGUCAAACAGAAGAUGGGGCUCUUUCAGACACAAUGGCAGAAGAACUCAAAACUUAGGCCCAAGUGCUUUAGCCAGUCAGUUAUACAGAAGUUCGAGCUUUAACUCGUCUGGCAGAAGCAGCACUUGCGAUACCACAGAUGAUAUGUAUUCAGAUGCGUCACUGGAGGAGGAUGUCCACGAUUUACAUCACAAAUUUACAGUUUUACAACAACAAGUGGGAGUUCUGCAAGACUCUGCCCAGCAAACCGACGAAAGGUAUACAAGAAUUAAAGCAGACAAUGCUGCUCUACAGGCUAGAGUUAUCAUGCUGGAAGAACAGCUGAGGGACACAGAGCUAAGAUGUGAAGAAAAACUACAGGAUGAACAGCGUAGAUCGAAAGAGUUGGUGCAUAGGAUAGAGAGGGAAAAACAGCUGCAGCUGGAAAACGCGUCUAUAAGGCUGCAGAAUGCGCAAAGCGAGUGUGAAAAACUGCGCGACGAGGUGGGCAGACAGCGAACGAAACUGGAAAAGCUGGAAAAACAGAAGGACGACCUGAGCAGCCAGUUACGCGACGCCAACUACGAACUAAGCGAGGCUAGGGAGGAAGUCAAGGAAUGCAGGGAUAGAGAAAACAGACUGAUCAAAGACCACGAGAACCACAUCCAGCUGCUGGAGGACCUCUCCAAGGAGAUCGACCGGCUGAAGGCGGAGACGCGCACGCCCGCGCUGCCCACCACCAGCCCGGACACGCUGCGCCUCGAGGAGCUGCACGAGGAGAUGUCGGCGCUGCGCGCGGCCAACGGCCAGCUGCGCGAGGCCAACGACGAGCUGCAGGCCAGCCUGUUGCACGCCGGCCUCGAGACAGGGCAGCGCAUGCUCACCAACGGCGAGACCAGCCUGGCGCGCGAGCUGGACAUCAUGUCGCACGACGAGGUACACCAGGCCUUGAAGGAACAACAAGAGGUCAACAGGCAGCUGAGAACGUACAUCGAGGGCAUUCUGCUCAACAUAGUUGAAAAUCACCCUCAACUGCUCGAAGUCAAACAGAAAAAGAACGGUCUAAAGAACUAGAAAUAAGUCUAGGUAACGGUUGGUUCAUAUUUCAAAUGUUAGUCCUAGCCUUACCCUUAAGGUGCGUCCACAUUGUUGGUGAUCCUGUCGCGCUCUUGCUUCUGAUUGUGCUCGCGUUGCUUGCGCUUCCUGUUUGUCGUGUUUCUCAAAAUCUUUCGGCUCGCAAGCAACGGCGUCCACAUUGUAAUGUAGUGCUUGCGUUCGUGCUGUUCGGACAUGGAUGAUACCGAAAUAUUUUUAAUAGCGGCUGCUAGUGCGAUCAUUAUUGCGAAACGAAGGAGACAAAGAGAAAAAAGGCAGUGUUGGAUGUCUAAUAAUUUCAAAAGUAGAUCCCAGCACAGUGAAAGUAAACAUCUACGCAAUUUACAAACAGAUGUUUUUUAAUAUUUUUUAUCGCAUGUCCGCAACUGAUUUUGAAAGACUUAUUAACUUAGUUGGCCCCCGUAUAGAAAGAAAAAAUACAACUUUAAGGAAGUGUACUCCGGAAGAAAGAGUUUAGAUUGGCCAUAACAUUAAGAUUCUUUGCAACUGGAGACUCACAUACCAGCUUGGGUUAUUUACUCAGAGUUUCCAAGCAAAGCAUUUCAAAAAUAGUACCAGGCGUAUGCCAAAAUUUAAAUAAAGUUCUCAAAGAUCAGAUUAAAAUAAGUAGGCAAUAUAAAUACAGAGUUAUAUUUUAUUAAAGCUAUAUUUAAUAUUAUUAAUCUAAGAACAAAACACAACUUUUUAAUAAAAAAAAAAUAAAAAAAAUCAUGGUAGCAUCAUCAUACUGGAGUAAAUACCGAAUCUUAUGAAUGAAACCAAACUAAAAACUAAAGAAAUAACGCAAACGGCUCGAGCGCUUCGAACCGCCGCGCCGUAAAGUAUGCUCGCAUGGCUCCGAAGCGUCUCUUUGGUGUACCGCGACAGAGCCGAACAAUCGAAACAGGCAUUUUACGUGAUCGCAAGCACGUGGAGCACCGCGAGCGCCACGAACAUCUCGCUCCGACUGUUUGCCACGUUUUUCGUGUUUCACGUGUUCGUUCGGCCUGCUCGCGAGCAAUGUGGACGCAGCUUUAGGGUGGGUUAAUACCUACCCUAAAAUUGUUAACGUUAGGGUUAACAUCUGAAGCAAGAACCAGCCUUAAAGCACUGAUGGGCCAAUAGUUCCUCACAAUCCCAUUGGAUCCGUACAAAAGUAUACAGGGUGGCAAGUUAAAAAAGUAACAGUCAUGUUUAGACACACGGUGUCCCAUAUAGUAAGAAACUAAAGUUUUCUUUUUUUAAAUAUCUUUUUUAUUGAUUUUUAAAAAAAGGUUUUUCGUAUUUGUAUCACCCUGUAUAUGUAAAGUGCACUCAAACCCAUAUCUGCAUAAAAAUCUUGAGAUAGUCCGUCCUCUUUCAUUCUAUAAUAAUUGAUGUGAUAUUUUAGAGAAAUCACUGUGAUUUUUAUUGUUUCGUUUAAAGAUUGUUUUAUAUAGCAAUAAUGAUACUAAAAAGUUGAAUCUGUUCAUGUUAAUUAGAAUAUUUUGUUGUUGUAUACAUAUCUCCUUUAUGUCUAGAUUCAAAGGAAUGUUUUUUAUGUAUGAGGUGCCACUUUGGUUGCAAAUUUUGGUUCUUUUCGUUGAUUGGUAACGAAAGAGCAACAAUAUUGCAAACAAAAUUGUUGGGACACUCUGUACAAACAAUACACUGUCCGGCACGACACACGGACACCUUAAAAAAAUUAUUUAUUUUAAAGUUAAAUAUAUUUUGUUCUGGUGGGCCGUUUUUUGGUGAUUUUUAGGGUUCCGUAAAAAAGUUACUGAGAUAAAUCAAAAAAGAAACUAUCCACAAAAGAUGCAUUUUGAUGGCAAAGUUAUUUUUAAAUGCCUUACGUUAUUGUACAGGGUGUCCCACUAAAAAUAGCUCUCGGCUGUAUCUCGGAAAGUAUUAGC